GCAAAAACAACUUUGACCAUGGGUAAACAAAUUAGUUAAUAUUAAUAAUGAUUUCGUUUUCCUAGUAAGUUUGAAAUUCAGUGAUAACUUUCAGAAUUUCUUUUAAAAAUGGAGACACCGUAUGAUUUAGUUGUUUUUGGUGCUACUGGCUUUACUGGUCAGUUUGUCGUUGAAGAAUUAGGGCGAUUGUGCGAUAAAGAUUCCAGUCUAAAAUGGGCAAUAGCUGGCAGAAGUAUGGAGAAGUUGCAACAGACCCUUACAACAGCCACAAAAAUAACAGGAAUCAACCUGGAUGACAUCCCUAUCAUUAUCGCAGAUGUUAAGAACCAGGAGUCCCUCAAUGAGAUGUGUAAGAAAGCCAAGGUGGUCCUAAACUGCGUGGGGCCAUAUCGCUUCUUUGGAGAACCUGUUGUUCGUGCUGCUGUUGAGAAUGGAGCUCACCACAUAGACAUUAGUGGAGAACCACAGUUCCUUGAGGGGAUGCAGUUGAAGUUCAACCAGGCAGCCAAAGAGGCUGGUGUAUUUGUUAUUGGUGCAUGUGGCUUUGACAGUAUCCCUGCAGAUAUGGGCGCCAUCUUUACAAGAGACCAGUUUGAAGGUGAUCUUAAUCAUAUAGAAUCUUACCUUGCUAUGAGGAGUGGACCCGAGGGAGGUGGUGGGCAUUAUGCAACUUGGCAGUCUGCUAUACAUGGUUUCGCCAAUGCCAGAGAGCUGAUUAAGUUACGCAAACAAAUGGCGCUUACUCCCCUACCCCGCAGUAAAGACAAGCCUCCUAAAAGGUCAACAUUACACUACAACAAUGAUGUUAAUAGUUGGGCAGUACCAUUCCCUGGUAGUGACCGUUCAGUGGUCAACAGAACACAGAGAUUCAACUAUGAAGUCAGAAAUGAAAGACCUUUGCAAUACCAAGCUUACUUCCGUAUGCCUGGACUACUGUUCACACUAGUCUUGAUGUUCUUUGGUGCCAUAUUUGGACUGUUGGCCAACUUCAGCUUUGGACGGAACUUACUAGAGAGGUAUCCAAGAUUUUUUUCUGGUGGUGUAUUCAGCCAUGAAGGACCUACAAGAAAACAGAUUGCAGGUUCAUCGUUUAGUAUGACGUUCAUAGGAGAGGGUUAUUCCAAGAAGGUGGAAGAUGCAAGUGAACAACAUAGUGAAGCCCCAGAUAGGAGGAUCAUUGCAAGAGUAUCUGGCCCAGAGGCUGGUUAUGUUACAACACCCAUUUGUAUGAUUCAAGCAGCCUUGGUUCUUCUACAAGAGAAGGAUAACUUGCCAAAAAGUGGGGGUGUUCUUACACCAGGUGCUGUGUUUGCCAAGACAACUCUGAUCAACAGACUCCAAGAGAACAAUAUGAAAUUCACUGUGAUGGUACAAGAGCCAAAGAAAUAAACAUCAUAUUGAAAUGGACAAUACAUAUACUACAGUAAAACCUGUGCAAGAAGAAUACCCUUGGUUAAAUGAGUUCCAUCUAAGUGGUGUUCCUUUCGUAGAUUCAAGAACAUGGAAUCCAUGAGCACAUGAGACUAUGCAGAUUUCCAUCUAAAAUGAUGUUCAAUGUUUAGAGGUGUUCCACUUGACAAGUUGUACUGUAUAUCUAUAGUAUCCAGGCUUUAAGUUUAUAUAGAAGUUGCAUUCUGAUAUUAUGAGCUGUUAAAACCACUCUUGUCAUUAUUGCCAAUGAACUCAAUUAGAUUUUAAUGAUCAUGACCUUCCGAAUGUCUAAAACAAAGAAGAAGUUUAAAACAUCAAUCAAUGCAACAAAAAAUUCUAUUUUGUCCUGGGAAAAGUUGUUUUAUUGUCCUUUAAAGAUUAUUGGUCUAAAUCAUUUGUUGUCCGGAUAUAUGGACUGAUUGAUCUUUUCAGUCAUAGCAUUUCAUUGUAAAACACUGGUUCAUUGUGCAGGCUUUGUAGUUUACUCCAGACUGUAUGCAAACAGUAUAGUUAUGUUUGGAGUGAUU